UACAUCGAAAACGCGCAAAAACAAGUAAUUUACGAACUGAAUAACUGAAACAUGUGGAUCUAUGUUUUCAUAGGAUUUUUUUUCAUAAAAGGUCUUCUUUGCCAAGAUCCAUGCAAUCCAGGAAACAAUCGCCUUCUUGACGAGCCAACUCGUUCCGUAAAUUAUGCUCUUGGUCCAAAUGAUCCUGAUUUAUGCGAUCGUAGACUACUAAGAGAGGAAUGGUACAGGAUUCCGGAAAAUGGAAACAUUGCUACGGAAUGUCCAGCCAUAUUAAGAUGCGGAUCAUUGUAUCCAGUGUGGUUAAACGGAUCUCUUCCAGAGCAAGGACAAAGGAUAACUUUAAACGCAUGCCAGAGAGGGUUUCUAUCAUGUUGUGAAAGCACUUUCCAAGUUGAAGCACAAAACUGCAAUGAUUUUAACGUGUUCUACUUGAAAGCAAUUCCAGCAUGCCCAGGUCGCUAUUGUACAGUUGGACCACCAGCUCCAUGUCAACCAGGGACUUCAUCAGAAACUGGAUUUGAGCCAUGUCAGCGUCUCAGUAUAACUUUCAGCGUUUUACCACGAGUCAAAGCAUUUAUACCUACAUUCAAUUAUACCUCUGAACUUAGAAGUUUGGCUUUUCAAUGUCAAGUCGCGAUGCCUUCAGAAUACCAACAAUAUUUCUUCGACAUUUCCUGGUUUAUUAACACCAAAGAAGUCUCCUAUAAGCGAAACAUUCCAUACAGCAAGCUACACACUGACGGUGUUCUUCAUCGAAAAGACUGGAAGACACACCAUAAUGUACUCGGAUUUUGGGUGACAUGUAGUAUGAGAGCUCGACAAAGUUCUGACGGUGUACCUACAGCAUACAACACCAGCAAAGAAUUUUUCGCAGGAGUCAAGAUAGAGAAAACAUCUUUUGUUGUAAAAAGCGGAGAGGAAGUCAAAAUCAAAAUAAAAUCUACUGUACCAGUAGCCUGUGCAGAAUAUCCUGGUUUUACGAGAUGUACGAUAGAUAUUGAACUUUUUAGUCUACAAGACCAAAUCAAAAGCAGACCAGCUAAUUGUAACGACAGUUUAUCAAAUAAAAUAAUUGAAAACUCCAAGAGUUCAUGUGGCCUUGCGUUUGAUGGAACAAAAUGGCAAGAAUACCAGACUUUCACUCUACGCACACUCGGUGAUCAAGCAGUGCGAUCAAGCUAUACUUGUACAGCAAAACUCAUCGCUAAGUCAAAUAUAGAUUCCUUAUGGAAAAAUUACCAACUUCCGGAAGUUUCUAUUCAUGUAUUAAACGAAAACAGACCAUAUGGAAUGUGUUAUUCAAGGAAUGAUCCACAUCUGCGUACAAUUGAUGGCAAAUAUUUUUCAACCCAUGACACAGGAGAAUUCGUCUUGUUUCGACAUAAGACAAAACCCAUUGAGAUACACACUAUUCAAAGGCGGGAUGAUCGACGAAAAUGGGCUUCAAACUGUGCCGUUAUAUUUCGAGCUUCAACAGAUAUGUUUGUUAUAUACGGUUGCAAUAGUCCAACCAGAUGGAUUGCAAGAAGACUCAACUGUGAUAGUGCACAUCAGUAUCUGGAAGUUUUAGAAAAAGGACAACAUUUUGAGGUGGUUAUGCCAACUGGAACACGUAUAACUGUACUUGUCAACAAAUACUGGUUAAAUGUUUACAUCACUGUUUCUGCAUUGGACUGGGAAGAAACCGAAGGACUAUGUGGAUUGUACAAUGGCCGAAGUACCGAUGACUUCACCAACAAGAACGGGAAUAUUGUUGCCCAAGCAGAAUUCAUGAGCAGCUGGAAGGUUCCUAGAAGUCAAAGCCUUUUUAUAGCAAAGGCUAGAUCAGAGAAGAUGAGGACUGAAGUUAUGUAUUGUACAUGUUACAACGAGUCUCUUUUACAAGAAAUACAAGAGGAAAUAAAAGAAACGGCAGAUUGCACAUGGAAGGACAGCUUACCGCUGUGUAAGCCUGUAAACUGGAAGGAAAAUACAUGUCGCAACUAUGGAAGAACGAAACGGGAAAUAUCAGAUGACUUUGAAUUUGAUGUCCCGAUUGAUGUGGUUGCCUUUAGAAAGGGUCCAAAGGAGUUCAAAUGGGAGAAUGGUUGGACAGAGAAAAAGGCAGUCAAUGCCUGUGAAUCUUAUUUUGAGAAGUCAAAACUUUUUAACUUGUGCAGCAAAAUAACCCAGUCUAGUGGUGUCGAUAGGACAACAUGUGUAGCUGAUAUAAAGCUAUCUGGUUCAACUGUGUUUCUAUCAGCGUCAUUGGACUCAAUGAAAACGGCAUGCGUAAAUGAAAUACGACUGAACACAUCUUUUUGGAAGCCAAAACCAGAACCAAAGCUGCAAACAACUACGGAACAAAAUUUGAAAUUGAACGUGAAAACGCAACCUACAACAACGUCAACAACUGCACGCAACUUGGAAAUACUAGAAAAUGAGGACAUUUCUAUUUUGGACAUCGCAGAAACAGUUUUCAACAAUGAUUGUCCAAACGAUUGUUCAGAAUCAGGAAUUUGUCAGCAAGGGAUAUGUGAAUGUGAUAACGGAUUCGAAGGUGAAGAUUGCUCAGUUGACCGCCGGAAAGGACCUGAAUUAUUCGGGUUAGUUGAGGAAUCAUUCUGUGAUUUAUCAAAAAGGCCAUGUUCUUUUAUUUCGGUGUUUGGAAAUGGAUUUUAUGCAUCAGACAGAGUGAAAUGUCGCAUAAUAGACGCAAAGAUCGAGCAAAAUGAGGUAAAGCCGAAUUUACUCAAUGUUACAACUGACGGAUCGUUGAUAACUUUCGCUGAAGUAAAAUGCCCACUAGAACAAAUGGAUGUCAAUAAAUCACAAGUCUUCCCUGUACUAGAUGCGUACUUGGUGGCGGUCUCCUUUGAUGAGAUCAAGUAUUCAACAGGUUCUCCGAUAAUAGUGUAUGAUUCUACGUGCACGAUCUGCAAGGACAAAAACGGCACCGUGGACUGUAGAAUGAGGGACGAUGUAUGCGUUGUUGAGAGAAAAUGCUACAACCAAGAACAUAAAAUGUGCAAACCGUCAACAAAAUUCGCACCCAGUAAGCAGACUACCAUUGCAGGAAAACUGAACGAAACCAGUAAGCAGACUACCAUUUCAGAAAAACUGUACGAAACCAGGCAGCAGAAUACCAACUCAGAAAUACUGUACGAAACCAGUGAGCAGACUACCAGUUCAGAAAUAAUGUACGAAACCAGUAAGCAGACAACCAGUUCGGAAGAACUGUACGAACCCAGUAAGCAGACUGCCACUCAAAAAAUACUGUACAAACACAGUAAGCAGACUACCAGUCCAGAUAUACAGUACAAAACCAGUAAGCAGACAACCAGUUCAGAAAAACAGUACGAACCAAGUGAACAAACUACCAGUUCAGACAUACUGUACGAAACAAGUAAAGAGACUACCAGCUCAGACAUACUGUACGAAUCCAGUAACCAAACAACCAAUUCAGAAAAACUGUACGAACCCAGCAAGCAGACUACAAGUUCAGACAUAUUGUACGAGCUAAGUAAGCAGACAACCAGUUCAGAAAAACUGGACGAACCCAAAGAGCAGACUUCCAGUUCAAACACACUGUACGAACUUAGUAAGCAGACAACCAGUUCAGAAAAACUGUACGAACACAGUAAGCAGACCAUCAGUCCAGAUAUACUUUAUUUAGGUGCUGCAGUUGGGGGACUUGCAAUUGUUGUUGUUCCAACGCUCCUGUUAAUUAGAAGGAUGUGAAAAAGUACAAUUAUUCCUCAGGAAUGAUUCGCAUAAAUUAGAGAUUGUGAACUAUUAUAUUCAUUAUAACAUUUUGACCUUGUGUACUUUGUUGAGCAUUGUUCAAUUUUGCUUGUAAUAUGAAGGCGACAAAAAUAUAUCAGUUAAGAGGCCGUGCAAAGGGGACAACUUGGAUUUUUUAUGCAAUGCUGAAUUGUUAACAGUUUAUACAUUAUAUUAACCUAUUAACACGAAUCAUAUAUUUACUAUAAUUAUAAUAACUAUAAGUGUUUUUUUUUCAAAUGAUUGUAAAUAUUUUUCAGCAUUACAUGUUUUUACUUUAUUCGUGAUAAGUGUUUGCACGGAUUAUACAUAAAAGUAUUAUUUUGCAAUACUUUGUAUAUCAUGAAUUUAAAUAUUUUUGAUGUUUGACAAAAAUCUUAUGAUUCACAUCUGUGUGCUAGCGAUUUGUUGAAUGCCUUCUACAUUAAACCAUUGACAAAGUGAAAAUUGCUUAGCGUUUUACUUCUAUUAAUAUUAUACAUGUACAUGUAUGAUAAAGGAGAAGGGGCAUAAAAGCCCAUUUUUGGCCCAAGAAAAUAAAAUGUUUGAAAACUAUUUACUAUUAUAAUAUUUACAGAUUACAUUGUUAUUGUUACAUAAACAUGAUAAACCAAAAAAGAAAAGUAAUAAAAUACAGCGAAUGCGAAAAACCAAUAUUAUUGUCAUAUAAACUGAAUUUACAGUUAAUAACUUGGAGAAAUCAUAAUGAGUCUUCAAUGUUAAUAUAUACUUUGUAUUUCUAUGUUAAAAUAUACUUUGUUAUUUAUCAUACAUGUACAUGUAUAAUAUUAAUAGAAGUAACACGCUAAGCAAUUUUCACUAUGUGCUAUCCUAAAUUAGCACAUAAUGUUUGGAAAUGCAUAGAGUUAAGAAAUACAAAUGAAAAAUAUAAGAUGUCUAUCUGAUGACGUCACAAUUACGUCAUAAUAUGUACCGUUUUCAUGAAAACGAUGAAAAAAAACCAGAAUUUAUGCAGUUUUCCAUCGUUAUUUCCAUUAUGAAAACAUUUGGCACAGCCAAGAAACAACAACAAAGAGAAGCUUUACUAUAACUAUUGACAUAAUCUCACUUAAUAUAAAUUUGUUUCUUGGAUGCGCACAUACUUUGCCAAUCUAAAAUAUACUUAAAAUUUGUUAAAAAACCAGAAAAAUCAAGAAAUUUUACAAAAUAUACAAAUUGCGUCAUGGUGUGUUGCCGUGGUAACUCGUUAAAUGUAAAAUUUGUUUUCAUUUUCUUAAUACCUUGUACAUUAGUCUAGUUAGGACAAAUUUAAAAAUAUGUAUGAUAACUUUUAAAUUUGCAGAAAUAUUUGGGCCAAAUAAGGGCCUUAUUGCCCCUUCUCCUUAAAUUACAAAAAAAUACUAAAUGUUUUAUCACUGAGGUAUAAUUUCUACAGAUUGAAAUGUUUUGGUAAAACUUUUUUUAGAAAUUUAGAUCUUUCAGGAAAAUGGUACCAAGAGUGUCCACGACUGGAUAGCCUCUCGUAAGAAGUAAUAAGGGAUACAUAAUAUGACCAUCAGAUUUAAAACUUCACUAAAUAUUAUAAAUAGGUCCAUAUGUUUUUAUACACUUUUCUAUGUAAAUCACUCAUAAAAUAAUUCAUCAUACUGACAGAAAGCUUUUUGUUUAUAUUUUUUUUUUUGCUUGUUAGUAUGACCCCCCCC